AUGCAGACCCCAACUCUACCGCCGCUUCUCAUCCUUCUUCUCACCCUCAUUCUAUCUUUUACUGGCAUCGUCGCCGCCAAAGAACUAUACAACAUCACUGUCUCUGACCAAUCACCUACCAUCUCCUACUCUCCUUCACGUUCAGGCCCAGCCGACCAGACUUGGAACGUCACCUACUCCGACUCCAAUUGGUCAGACUACGUUAAUCAAACCAUAGGUCAAGGGGUAUCCUCACAUUAUACCACUUACAUCGGAGCCAAUGCGAGUCUAGGAUGGUGGGGAUCUGCGGUGUACCUAUGGGCAGAAGCGGGUGAUAGCGAUAUUGAAGUGAAGGUAGAUGGUAAUACGACUGCGAAGAAGAUUGUUGGAGGGUGGUAUGUCGAUAAGUUACCUGAGGGUUGGCAUAGGUUGAGAGUAAGGGUGACGGGGGAUGGAGGAGUGAGAAUUACUGGAGUUACUUUCACGACUGUCAUUGGAGAGGAAGGAUCAACACCUUUUAAUUCGACUUUCCAAGCUAUCUUCGGUGAGAAUCAGAUUAACGGAGUGUUCAGUCAGUCUACGGGACAGUGGGAGACGGCUACUCAGAUUGGUGGAGCAGGCAACCAGUCGAUACAGACAUACAACCGACUAGAUACCUUCACACCAGGUUCCAAACUGAUCUUCCAACCUCCUUCCAACACAUCUUUAAUUAUUCUGUACGGAUCCGUGAAUUUCGACCACGAUCAAUUCAGCGUAUCUCUUACAUCAUCGAAUCUACCUAAUGUGGCUACCUCGGGCGAUGUUCAAGACACGACCACCACUACGACGACUAUCGGCGGUGUUCCUGCCACUCAACAAUUUUACGGUACCAGUCCAUGGGUAUCGAUGGAUCAGGUGUUGUAUUAUGCUAAUUUGGAUACGACCGCUCAGUAUACUGUCACGGUCGAGAAUCAAGGUCAGGGGAGACCCUACUGGGAUAUAUCGAAAGCUGUGUUUAUACAACCUCAAGGUGGUGACUCCAGUGGGAAUUCAUCUAAUACAGCAGCCAUAGCUGGAGGAGUGGCCGGUGGAGUGGUGGCUCUCAUCGUAAUCGCAGGCUUACUGUGGUUCUUCGUCUUCCGCAAAAAGCGAGAUCAACGUAAAAGGAAACAAGAAGCGAAUCUAUAUGAGGAUAAACCAUUCGAGAUUGAUCCGUAUACACCUCAUGGGGAAGAGAGCGUCGGUGAUGCUUAUGCGAACGCUGCCUCAGGAGGCCACACGCCAUUCGACCACACCCCUCCAUCAAGUCACCAGCGAGAUUCUACAGUCACCCCUCUCCUAAUGGGCUCGCCAGGCUCACCAGAUCCCAGAUCAUCAUAUCAAUCUAGUGGAUCGUACAAUCCUAAUCGAAAUUCACUACCGCUUUCCGCUGAUGGAUACGGAUAUUUCGCGCCUAGUUCGUCCAUACACACAAGUCAGGAGAGUGGUGGUAACGCGAUGGUACUUCAUAAUCCGGAUCAGGCUCAGAACGGAGGUGGCAGACCCAAUUCUGGUGCUCCAGGUAGUAAAGCGAGAUAUAACAACAAUAACGAAAGGAGACGACGAAGUAAUAUUAUUCAAGAAGAGGAUGCAGGAUCUGUACCUCAUCCACAACCUGUCGAGGAGGAGACUGUCAUUCCGCCCAGUUAUAAUCCAUCGUGGGCACAGAAUAGAUCGGAUAAUGGAUCAAGCACGAAUCACUGA